CGCCAGGGACCACGACACCUAGGACACAAAAUGGAGUUGACACUUCCCGGCUAACGAGAAAGUGUUUGAAAAAGUGGAAACCAUUUUUCCUGGAGGACGCGAAAUAAUAUCAAAAUCGACAGAGGAGGGCAGAAACCAAGCCAAAUAUGUUUUGGACGGUCAUGAUCGCCGCCUUAAUGGCAACAGAAUCGGCAACGGCGAUUUCUGUUACCGUUCCUGUGAAGAGGAGCAUUGUCAUCCUCUUCCAGCCAGUCACGCUCACCUGUAACUACCAGACAACAGCCACUCAACCACCCGUGGUCACUUGGAAGUACAAGUCGUAUUGUCGGGAUCCGAUUCAGGCGGCGCUGAACCCCAGCAGUGCAGAGAAUAUUAUUUCUCAAAACAACCCAAACUAUGACCCCAAUAUUGAGUGCGCUGACAGUCAGCGGACGGUGCGCAUUGUUGCAUCCAAACAAGGCAAUGCCGUCACCCUGGGGGCGGACUACCAGGGUCGCCAGAUCAGCGUACAAAACAAUGCUGACUUGCACAUCGCCCAGACAGCAUGGGGCGACAGUGGCGUGUACAUCUGCUCUGUCAUAUCCUCUCAGGAUUUGACAGGAAAUGGAGAAGACUACACCGAGCUGAUCGUCUUGGAGAGAAAGUCAAAUACUACUGACCUGCUGCCUGGCAUUGACUUACUGAUUAUGGAAGACUGGCUCCUGGUGGUCCUGGUGGUUUUAGGCUUCCUGCUGCUGCUGUUGCUGAUCGGCAUCUGCUGGUGUCAGUGUUGUCCACACACCUGCUGCUGCUACAUCAGCUGCCCCUGCUGCCCCGAACGCUGCUGUUGCCCGAGGGCACUGUAUGAGGCGGGAAAAGCAGUGAAGAAAGGCGUGGCCAGUCAGUACGCCCCCACCAUAUACGCUCCCAGUAUGUACGGCCAGCCUGCGUACAGCGGCCAGUUUGUCAACCAGCCUUCCAUCCCGCUGCUCCCUCUACCCAACGGAGUUGGACAGCAGCCGUCCCAAAAUGGCUACGGUCGGGACUAUGACGGAGCAAGCUCUGUGGGUCAAGGCUCCCAGGUGCCUUUGCUGCAAGACCAAGACGGAGGAGGAGACCACACUCGGAGCGGUUAUCGCAUCCAAGUGGAUCCGGAUGGAAAUGCCACACGUGCUAUCUACUACAUGGAGAGAGAGCUGGCCAACUUGGACCCAUCCCGGCCCGCAAACUACAACCGAUUGGACAACAUGAGCGAGGUCAGUUCUCUGCACGAUAACUUGGAUCCUCGAGGUCGCGGAGGACGUUCGCAGCCGCCAGCUCUCGCCACGGUCUACGACCAGGACGAAGCCAUGAGCACCAUCAGCAGCGUCUCGCAGCAGGGCCGUCGCCAUGACGACUACCCGCGCCGGGGUGGAGGCUACAUGGGGGAUCGUGUGCGGGCUCGCUCGAUGGACAACCUGGAUGAUAUCGGGCGCCGCCGAGGUCGUGACGACUACUCGCCACACCGUAGGCCUGAGGAAUUCAGAGGAAGGCGAGGUUCUGACGAUGAAUGGAGCAGCAGCGGCCGCAGCGGCCGCAGCGGCUACGAUCGCGUCUAUGAUGACCGCAGGCGCCGCGACUAUUCCCCAGAUGGCCGCCGUAGGAAUGAGAGCCCAGCUUAUGGCGGCCUGCCAGGGAGACGGAGCCGUAGCCGGGACGACCUGAUGGACCUGGAUCGGGACCGUCGCGGCAGAGCUAACCGAGGUCCUGACUACGAUGACAGUUUCCUGCGGGAGGCCUUGGAGAGGAAGAAGCUGGGCGAGCAGCAGAGAGCACGGAGCAGAGAUCGCCUCGACAGCGAAAGCGACCGCUCCGACCGAGGACGCGGAGCGCGUGGGCCGCCACCCCUCCCGAUGAGUCCGCCUGCUGGCAACCCCGGCAACUACCCCCCUCCCCCACCUCCACCAUACAGCGAGGAUGAGAGUGUGUCGUCCUCCAAGAAAACAAACCUGCGUAAGAAUGGAGCCGUGAGUCGCGAGAGCCUUGUGGUCUAAAACCUCCUGAGACCACGUUUCACCUUUCACCUUUGCAGAAUUCAACUUCAUGUUCCGACUGUAAAUACUGAGACUGCAGAAUAUUUUGCUUUGUUUAUUUUACUCUAAGCAAAUAUGCAAGUGUUUUUUUUUAAUCUUCUGCCAGAGGUGGCGUUAAGAUUUACAUUUUUAAAAACAUGUAUUCACAUUGUGGCUGCCACAAGUGCCUUGAAUUGUACAGUUUAGUUGCAGGAAGAAAGGCUACAGGAAUGCAUUGAUGUGCUCUCUGACACUUUUAGCAUCUUUAGUUUUUACCAUAUUAUGACGUAAGUUUUUACUGUUAAAAUUUGUUAAAUGAGCUUUAGUUGUUCCUUUUUGUCUAUGGUCCUUAAACACAUGUUUGGAUGGGAUGUACAAAAUACACCUUGUACAUAAACCCGUAUGACACCAAAUUUUACAAUAAAGGUCUUGUUCAG